GCAUUAGGUGCUAAAGUCAUUGCAACUGGCGGUUCAGAUGAGAAGUUGGCGAUUGCCGCUAAGUAUGGGGCUGACUAUGUUGUCAAUUAUAAGCAAAACGAUUGGGUUAAUAAAAUUAUAAAGAUUACAUCUGGACAUGGAGUUGACGUGGUAUAUGAUCCGAUUGGAAUGAUCCAGGAAUCAAUGAAAUGUAUUGCAUGGUCUGGUCGAUUGAUUGUGAUUGGUUUUGCGGCUGGAACCAUUGAGAAAGUGGCAAUGAACAGAGUGCUUCUGAAAAAUUGUUCUAUCUUAGGAUUGUAUUGGGGAGCGUAUGCUCGCUACGAGAAGGAAGCCAUACCCCGG